AUGAACGCUCAAACAAAAAUCUUGAACACUAUUAUGCCAGCUGCGCAAGUUAAAGGUUCAGACAUGAUUAUUCCAAUAGGUUUCCAGUGUAAAGUGCAAUCUGGAACUAACUUUGACCCCCAUUCAUAUUUUAGCUCCACUAUUCCUGAACUAUUUUAUCUCGAUAAUUAUGGAAAACUGAAAUCUAAUACCCUCUACAAUUUAAAUUGUAAUCAUAUUGAAGAAACCAAGAUUAACAAUGAAAAUCUUUUCGUUGUGAAGAAUAAUUCAAAACAGAAAAUAGAUGAUGCGAACGGUCAAGGCAUGAAAGUUAGUUCAAAUGCAAAAUGGUACAAUGACAUAAGAAAUGCUGUUUUACAAGUAUUUAAAUCAUCAAAUAUGAUGCAUGUGUGUGUUGGACUUCACACAACUGAAACAUUCUCAAAAGAGGUUGUAAAGAAAUACCAGAAAAACUAUUUAUGCUCCUUCAUUGACAUGAGCAACUAUGACUUACUCUUCGACAAAGAAUGGGAGAGAUAUUUAAAGAACUUUUUAACCACAGUGGCAGAACGAGUGAAUAGUGAUAAUAAGCAUAAUAUGAAAUAA